CUCGAGCCGGUGGUGCACGCCCGGGAAGGUAAGUCACAGAGUGCUAGAACACCCUAAUACAGGCCGGCCUCUAGCCCCGUGUGCACGCUCGGGAAGCCAGAAAAUGUCUGAAGCAAGGAAGUGUCGGAUCGGCAUUGUGGGCUACGGCCAUGUUGGCGCUUACUUGGUGAAUCAAAUACAAAGUGAAGGCGACAAGUAUAACGUGGAGUUGGCGUUUGUCUGGAACAGGACGAUGACAAAAAUGGAACCAAACGUAGCGCCACCUCUGCAGCUGCAAAACCUAGAAGAAUUCGAGAAACGAGAGGUGGAUCUGAUCGUGGAGGUGGCACAUCCCUCCAUAACCAGAACAUAUGGAGAACGCUUCCUAUGUGCGGCACACUUACUAGUUGGAUCCCCCACAGCUUUAGCUGAUGAAGAAACUGAAAGAAGACUUAGGAGAAGAGCCAAGCUGUCUGGUUAUACACUGUAUAUUCCCAGUGGAGCAUUGUGGGGUGGAGAAGACAUCAUGAAAAUGGCAGCUAGAGAAACACUUAGGGGCCUGAAAAUUACAAUGACUAAACACCCAAAAAGCUUUAAACUAGAAGGCAAGUUGGCAGAAGCAGAUCUCUCAACCAUCCGGGAACGCACUGUCUUAUAUGAAGGGCCUACACGGUCCCUGUGUGAAAUGGCUCCUAAUAACGUCAACACAAUGGCAGCUGCCUCAUUGGCUGCCCACAACCUGGGAUUUGACAAGGUCAUUGGGGUAUUGGUGGCAGAUCCCAGUAUCCCUGACUGGCAUCUGGUGGACAUUGAGGUGACUGGAGAAACAAAUGGGACAACUGGUCAAGUGUUCAGUGUUACAACAAGACGCCGUAACCCAGCGGCACCAGGAGCGGUGACAGGAACUGCCACCUUUGGGUCAUUCUGGAGCAGCAUACUGGUUUGUAAAGGUCAUGGAGGACAAGUCUUUUUAUGCUAGUGAAAUCGUCCACAUGGUUUGCAGUUUCCAACACCUGAAGAAGAAGAUCAGGACCUUCUUAGGCCAUGUAUCCUGCACAAUUUGACACUGAUUGCAGUGAUAGCAAAGGAAGUGGGUUUCUUUCACCCGUUGCCUGUUAUGAAUAAGGACUAAAGAUAUUAAUGUCCGAAACGCGUAGACCAUAGUGUCCUUGUAUGUUUUUACCGCUACAAGAAUAAAGUCAUCGUUUUUAUGGGAAGCUGGAUUCUAUCCUUUUUUCGCAGUGAUAGCAAGCGUACAGGUCCUAAGAUGUGCGCCAUGAAGAAGACCAUCAAGAUGUCAGUGAAUGAUGUCCCUCAUACUUUGUGCAGCCUUUGCUCAUGCUGUACUAUGAACCUCGUACUAUAAUUCGUUCAGGUUAUGAUGUGAAGACCUGAAGAUUCAGGCUAAUCAGUAGUUUCAAAGUUUAUGGAAGGAUCUCACACCUCAGAGUACUGGAAGCAAGGGCUGGAGCAGAACAAGUUGGGAGAGCUGCUUGUGAGCUCCACCGUGAAGUACAAAGCUUCACUCUGAACCCAUGGUCAUAUCUCAGUCACUAGAGCUCAGAUUGUGUCUCUAACGAGAUAAAGACUGGGCCUAGCACAGGAAACGAACCAGCCUCAGAACCAGUACAUGUCUACACCUCCACUGCUGUCUCUCGGAGGGAUCUUUGCUAGUUUACACUGUUAGGCCAGAUUCUAUUAUCUUCAUUAAAUGUCACAC